AACUUAAACGCUUUAGUGAGCGAGUGAUAGCCAAAGAGGGCACGACUACGUAUUCGUAACUAUUCCGAACGGUGUCAGUGUUUGAUGUGAAGUGAAGUGAGACACAGGCAGAGAGAUGCCCUAAGUUCAAUAUCGUAACCAACUAAAUGUAAUUCAACAAUUAACAACAACAACAGCAACAAAAGUAGUGAACAUAAAGAAGUGACGUGCAACCGAAAAACGAAACACACAACCGAAAUAAACGUUGAAAGAAGGUGUAAUAAAGUGUGAGGUGCAAAGUGAAUAAACUGCACACAGAGCUCUCUCUGUUUCUCACACCCCCGUCGCCGUUGCCAUCGCCAUCAUCCCGUUCUUCCUUUCCUCCAGCAUGUGAAGUCGGAGGAGCGCAGAAACGAAAGAAACAAUAUUUAUGCUCUGAAUGUUGGAAGAGCUUACAAAAUUUACGUGGCAGAUGAUAUACGACGAAAUUCAAUUGGUUCUGAUUUCGCAAUAAAGGAAUCACAAGCAAAUACAUUUUACUCGUAACUGCGAUCGCAGACACUUUCGCGAAUUUCAGUCGCAAACAAAAAUUCUGCAGCCGCGCCUUGCCUCCAAUCGAAUCGCAUCGCAUCGCAUCGGAUCGUUUCGUCUUGUCAGCCAAGGUCAUAUCGAUUAUAUCAGCUCAAUUUAGACAAAAUGUCGACUCCUAGUUAUAUGGAUAACAAAUUGAAAUUGACUCCCAGUUGGAUGACAUUUGUCCUGCUACUUACUUGGUUCACCUUCCAGCUGAAUAUCGCCAGAGCAACGACACCGUUGGAUUUGGCGCCCAUUCCGCAGCUAUGUGACGGAAUAGUGUGUCCGCCGGAUGCGGAGAUGCAGUGUCCGGAGGACAGCUCGAUACGGGAGCUGCGUGAAAUGAAUGUGGAUCUCAUUGGCACGAAUGCAGUCAGCGGACUCGCAUCUCUGAUGGCCACCACGGAAAGUAGCGCCUUCAACAGCAGCCUCACCGAUGAUGACUAUGCCCAGUGCUGUUUGUCCAAGAAGUGUGUGUGCAAAACAUGCUACAUCCGAGACUGCAACACCGACGAGGGUGAAGUUGUGGUCGAACUGCAGCCAGAGGCCAUGGACACGCCUGGCCAAUGCUGUGGCAACUACGAAUGCCAGCAGGAGCCGAAUUGCACUGAGGUGCGAGAGACAGAAUUCAGUUGGUUACAGAGCUGUCAGCGUUGCAGCUGCAAGUCGGGCACCAAAAUAUGCGAACAGAGCUGCGAUGAGAGUAAUAAUGCCAUCUGCGAGUCAAAGAAUCUGAAUACGUUCUUCAAGAACGGCGAGAGCUGGGUGGAUGGCUGCUAUCACUGCCAGUGCGUCAAGGGCGAGGAGAAGUGCACGAUUUCGUUUUGCGGUUCCCUCAACUGUCCCAGCCAUCGUCAGGUGAUGCUCAAGGACAGCUGUUGUCCCAUCUGCUGGCCCAAGGAUGCGCCAAUGCCCAACUCUGGCAACUAUGACGAAGGCUAUGGCUAUCAGCGUGAACACGAGGAUCCCAAACAACAGCUGGACACGCUGGAUACAACCACAGAACUGCCAACAACAUCAUCAACCACAAUCAGCAGCAGCAUUCCCAACCCCUCGACCAGCACUACCACAAAUGAACUACAAUCCACAUCGCCAUCACCUUGCCAGCAUGACUUUGCCAAUGUGGUUGAGGUUGUGCAUCCCAAAGUCGAUGAUCAUGUUUAUUUCGUGAUCAUCGGAGUGCUUAUAGUAAUUAUCGCAGUGCUCUAUAUAUACAUCAGGCAUCUGCUUGCCAAACAACGUUCCUACAGGCCCGUCUCCAACUUUGACGACAAGGUCUAAAAAGCAAAUGCGAGACGAGAGAUGGAGAGAUUUAGCUAAAAAGAAGAUUCUGAUUCGCAAAGUUGAAGAGAAAGAAUUAGCUAAAAUAUUAACAAACAAAACUUUUAAUAAUUUGACAAUGUUUAGAAAUCUAAAAAAAGAAACCUAGGGUAACCAAACUAGAUAAUAAAUUCUACAAAAACAGAAAAAAGAAUGAAAAGUUAAAGGAAAUUAGCUAAAAAAGAAAAGAUUACAAAAAAACUAAAUUUGAACAUGAAGAAAAGAGAAAAAUAAUAAGAUUAACAGCACAAAAGUCGAAUGUCAACUGAAUCGAAGAAGAAAAAGUGGGUUAAACUUAAUUUCAGGCCUAUCUAUAACAUUAAAUCUUAACGAGAGUAUAAAAAGUUGAGCAGAACUCUAAAAACAUUUGGAAAAUUAAGCAAAGAAAACGUAAAACUUUGUUUUUGAGUAGUUUUCAUCAUUAUUUUGUUUGUUUCGUAUUUUGUGUAGUUUUUUUUUUAUUUUAUUUUAUUUUUAUUUUUUUUGUAUCUAAAAAGAUCUCAUUUUAAUUUCACUUUCACUUCCAAGCAGACAUCCGCAGACGCAAAAGCAAAGUAUUCUUAUGAAAUUACGCGCAAAGAAAAAGUUACUAAUUCUAGCAAAAAACAAAACAAAAAAGAGUUUUAAUGCAAGAAGAAGAGGAGAAAAAGGAGAGAAGUAGGUAUAGGAGUAGGAGAAGAGAAG